GGAGAGAGAGAGGGGGAUAUUAGAUAUAUAUUGUUUUGAGGAUCCAUGAGCCGCAAAAUGAACAGCCCAGCUCCAUUUGUGUCCAAGACAUAUGAUCUCUUGGAGGAGGAGGAAGAAAAGCGGCACAACUGCGGUGGAGACAGCAUAGUUUCGUGGAAUGUGGAGGGGAAUGGGUUUGUGGUUUGGUCUCCGGCCGAGUUUUCCGAGGUCGUGUUGCCUAACUAUUUCAAGCACAGCAACUUCUCCAGCUUCAUUCGACAGCUUAACACCUAUGGUUUCAAGAAGACAGCAUCAAGACGAUGGGAAUUCCAGCAUGAAAAAUUCCAACGAGGAAAAAGGCACCUUCUUCUCGAAAUCUGCCGCAAGAAAUGUGAGCCCACCGCCUUUCCUCCUUAUCUCAAAUCGCGGCAUCGACCCGACGAAAAAGGUGUUGAAGCUCAGACUAUGAGGGAGCUGAGGGAGGAGAACAACAACCUCAAUAAGGAGAAAAGAGAGUUGGAAAUGCAGAUAGCUCAUUUCAAAGCACUACAACUCAGGUUGCUCCAAUGCCUUUCUCACCAACAACAAACUCAAUCAGUUUGAAGCUUUACUCAGCUGUCAAUCAGCUUGGACGUACAACAAACACAAAGUUUGUUCUGUUUUAUGCAAUCAACAAUGUCAUUUCCGUUUUUCCAA